AUGUGUGACCAGCAGAAGCAAGCUCAGUUCCUUCCAUCUUGCGUGAAAGGCUCCGGCCUGGGCGGAGCGAGCGGACCAGGCGGACUGGGCGGACUGGGCGGCGGGCUGGGGGCGGGACAAGGUACCAGUUGUGCCUCUGUGAAAUGCCAGGCUCCAUGCCAGACCCAAACUGUCAGUGUUCAGGGGCCUGCUCCCAGCCAAACGCAAACCUUUGUGAAAUGCCUGGCUCCAGUGCCCACUCAGACCUAUGUGAGAUACCAAGUUCCAUGCCAGACCAAAACCUACGUGAAGUGCCCAGCUCCAUGCCAAACAACCUAUGUGAAGUGCCCACCUCCAUGCCAAACAACCUAUGUGAAGUGCCCACCACCAUGCCAGACAACCUACGUGAAGUGUCCACCACCAUGCCAAACCCAGACAUAUUACGUCCAGUAUCCUUCUUCCGGGCAGACCUACUACCCUCAGUCUUCCUUGGGUGGCUCGGGCUCCCAGGGCUGUGUCCCUGACCCCUGCUCCGCGCCUUGUUCCAUCAGCUACUGCUGCCUGGCUCCCCGGACCUUCGGAGUGAGUCCCCUGAGACGCUGGGUCCAGCGGCCCCAAGGCUGUAACACGGGGUCCUCCGGCUGUUGUGAGGAUUCGGGCUGCUGCAGCUCUGGAUGUUCAAGCUCCGGGUGCUGCGGCUCCGGGGGAUGCUGUGGCUCCGGGGGAUGCUGCGGCUCGGGGGGCUGCUGCUGUUUGGGAAUCAUCCCCAUGAGGUCCGCAGGCCCUGCCUGCUGUCACCGCGAGGACGAUUGCUGCUGUUGA